AUGGUAACAACAGGUCCUCCUACAACCGUUAGCACAACAGCUCCUCCUACAACCAUGCUCCUCCUACAACCAUGUAACAACAGCUCCUCCAACAACCAUGGUAACAACAGCUCCUCCUACAACCAUAGUAACAACAGCUCCUCCCACAACAAUCGAAACAACGGCUCCUCCAACAACCGUAAUAACAACGGCUCCUCCAACAACAAUCGAAACAACAGCUCCUUCAACAACCAUAAUAACAACGGCUCCUCCAACAACAAUCGAAACAACGGCUCCUCCAACAACCGUAAUAACAACAGCUCCUCCCACAACAAUCGAAACAACGGCUCCUCCAACAACAGUCAUAACAACAGCUCCUCCCACAACAAUCGAAACAACGGCUCCUCCAACAACCGUAAUAACAACGGCUCCUCCAACAACAAUCGAAACAACAGCUCCUCCAACAACCGUAAUAACAACAGCUCCUCCAACAACAAUCGAAACAACAGCUCCUCCAACAACCGUAAUAACAACGGCUCCUCCAACAACAAUCGAAACAACAGCUCCUCCAACAACCAUAGUAACAACAGCUCCUCCCACAACGGUUAAAACAACAGCUCCUCCAACAACCGUCAUAACAACGGCUCCUCCAACAACCGUCAU